UUCUGGCCUCCAGCGGUCCCACCUUGGCCUCUCAGAGUGCUAGGAUUACAAGUGUGAGCCACUGCACCUGGCCCUUCCCUAAACUUUCAUCUGCAUCCAGCCUGGACCCCUCCCCUGAGCUUUAGCCUCCACAACCACCUGGGCCAAGGGCACACAGGCACCUGACAAAGCAGAGCUCUGUGCUUCUUCCCUCCAAAUCUGCUCCUCCCUCUCCUUUUUCUCACCAGUGGAACCACCUUAGCUCAGAGGGUAAAAAAAGGAAGGCAUUUGUCCUUGGCUGGGGUAGGGGUGGUAGGAAGAGUCUAACACCCAGACUUUUGGCUACUACAGAAAGGAUACCUGAGUGAGGGGGGGAGUGAGUGUGGGAUAGAUGGGGAGCUUGGACAUUUGAACAACUAAGGCUGAGCAAAAGAUUCGGAACAUUUGUGAGUUUGUAGCUGAAGGUGAAUGACACCUGGGCUGAUGAGGUUGCAGGAGUUGGUGGCUCUACAAUUCAGGGGCGUGGGAGCUCCUUGCUUUCCAUAGCUGGCCGGGAGGUUGGAAGCCCGUGCUCUAGCCCUUGCCCUGAAAUUGGCUCUGUUCUGAUUCUCUGAGUUUCAUUUUCCUCGUCUGUAUAACAGGGCAGGAGUAUUGGGAAUGGAUGAGAUUAGCUCAAAGGAUCCUGGCAGCUCAGGCUGUAAAAUUUUUUUCAGACCUAAGGUUUUGGGAGAAAAUGGGGUAAGGGAAGCUUGGAGACUGGUCUUAGGCCUGCACUGUUCAUUCACCCCCUCCUACUUCCCCACGGAGGCCUGGCCGGUGCUCACGUGCAAUAAUUAACUGCUGAGUGGCCUUCGUACGAUCCCAGCUCCACUUCUGGGCUGCAUUCCCACUGCCUGCCCCACCGCCCAUCUCCUAGGCCACUAAACCUCGCCAGCCCCUGGAGUAAGGAGGGGAGAGUUUAGAGCAGAGCAGGAGCCCGAGCCAGGCUGAGAGCCACCUCCUCUCCCAGGUAUGGCACUCCCCACCCUCCCGUCCAGGCCACGUGUUAGGGUGGAAAGCCUAGCGGUGCUCACGGUCGGUGCGGGUGGAGAACGAUUUAUCACGAAGAGAUUAAAAUACGCCAAGGAGGAGAUGGAGUAAGGGCUGGGCUGACCUUGAACCCUGUGCUCUAAACUGCUAGGCUUUGUUUCUCCCAAAGAACCUAGUCCAAGAAUCACCUGGUGGUCCCUGACUGAAGAUUUCUCUGGCCUGGCCCUCAAGUAGCAGCCAUGGCCCACUGGAUAACAACACGGCUGCUGCUCCUUCUAGUGUUCGUGUCUGAAGCCCAGCCCAGCACCCUUCACCUCAGGACUGAGCUUCUCAAUGUCUGUAUGGAUGCCAAGCACCACAAGGAAAGGCCAGGCCCGGAGGACAGGUUGCAUCAACAGUGCUCUCCCUGGAGGAGGAAUGCCUGCUGCACUGUCAACACCAGCAAGGAAGCCCAUAAGGAUAUGUCCUACCUGUAUGGAUUCAACUGGGACCACUGUGGAAAGAUGGAGCCCGCCUGCAAACGGCAUUUCAUCCAGGACACCUGCCUCUAUGAGUGCUCCCCUAACUUGGGGCCCUGGAUCACGAAGGUGGACCAGAGCUGGCGCAAAGAGCGGGUCCUGAACGUGCCCUUGUGCAAAGAGGACUGUGAGACCUGGUGGGAGGAUUGUCGCUCCUCUUUCACCUGCAAGGGAAACUGGCACAAGGGCUGGAACUGGACCUCAGGACAUAACCAGUGCCCAGUGCAAGCUGCCUGCCACACCUUCCCUUUCUACUUCCCCACACCUGCUGAUCUGUGCAACGAAAUCUGGAGUCACUCCUACAAAGUCAGCAACUACAGCCGAGGGAGCGGCCGCUGCAUCCAGAUGUGGUUUGACCCAGCCCAGGGCAACCCCAACGAGGAAGUGGCGAGAUUCUAUGCUGAGGUCGUAAGUGGGGCUGGGUUCCGCAGGGCCUGGGCUCCCCUGCUCAGCCUGGCCCUGACCCUGACGCUGCUCUGGCUGCUCUGCUGACCUCCUUUGCCUUCUGACACCUGGACAUCCAUGUCCUGCUCCGCCCCACAGCUCCCAGCCAUUCAGUGCCUGCUCCACCAUGGGGCCUCUGACAGCCAGUUUAAAUAAACCAGACACUCCACGUCA